GUGCCUAUGUCUGGGAGGGAGGGAAGAUGGCAGCCGUGGCGGCAGGCGGCCUGGUGGGAAAGGGGCGCGACAUCAGCCUAGCGGCCCUGCAGCGCCACGACCCCUAUAUCAACCGCAUCGUGGACGUGGCCAGCCAGGUGGCUCUGUACACCUUCGGCCAUCGGGCCAACGAGUGGGUGCGUGCGGACGCGGCGGAGCAGUGCAGCCCAGGGUUGGGGUGGAGGCGGGGGGCGUCAGACUCAGGACUUGAGGACCCGGUGAGGGGGAGGAGACGUUGACGCCCUGGAAGUGGGUGGAUCUGGGGACUGAGGCCGAAGUUGUGGAGAUGGGGUCUCGGGGGUUUGGGGGAAGGAAGGCGGAUCUGUGGAGCUACCUGGAGUUGGGGAAAAGACUUAAAUGUCUAACGUACCCAACGCUGGGAGACCAGACCGAUCGGGUACCGCACCAUAAGAGCCGAAGGAAAGGAAGGACCUGAUGCCUUAUGGCCGGAAGACCGAUGUGCUCGAGAAAGAAAAAACUGAUGUGGAAGGAACCUUAUUUGUUUAUACAAGGUCUGCUUCUCCAAAGCACGGAUUCACCAUUAUGAAUAGGCUGAGCAUGGAAAAUAGGACAGAACCUAUUACUAAAGACUUGGAUUUCCAACUCCAGGACCCUUUCCUUCUCUACAGAAAUGCCAGAUUGUCCAUCUAUGGAAUUUGGUUUUAUGAUAAGGAAGAAUGCCAAAGAAUUGCAGAGCUUAUGAAAAACCUAACUCAGUAUGAACAGUUGAAAGCCCAUCAGGGAACUGGAGCAGGAAUUUCCCCAAUGAUCCUCAAUUCAGGAGAGGGCAAAGAAGUAGACAUUUUACGAAUGCUCAUCAAGGCCAAAGACGAAUACACAAAGUGUAAAACCUGUUCUGAGCCAAAAAAGAUAACCAGUUCCUCUGCCAUCUAUGACAAUCCAAAUCUCAUCAAACCAAUUCCAGUGAAACCCAGUGAAAACCAGCAACAGCAUAUACCUCAGCCCAACCAGACCUUAGACCCUGAACCCCAACACUUAUCUUUGACAGCUCUGUUUGGGAAGCAGGACAAAGCUACAUGUCAGGAAACUGUGGAGCCUCCGCAGACUCUCCACCAGCAGCAGCAGCAGCAGCAGCAGCAGCAGCAGCAGCAAGAGAAGCUUCCAAUUAGGCAGGGGGUUGUACGCUCCCUGUCCUAUGAGGAACCCAGAAGACACUCACCCCCCAUUGAGAAGCAGCUCUGUCCAGCCAUUCAGAAACUCAUGGUCAGGAGCGGAGACCUCCACCCAUUGUCAGAGCUGCCUGAAAACCGGCCUUGUGAAAAUGGCAGCACCCAUUCUGCGGGAGAAUUUUUUACAGGACCUGUCCAGCCAGGGUCUCCUCACAACAUUGGAACUUCUCGUGGUGUACAAAAUGCUUCCAGAACUCAGAACCUGUUCGAGAAACUUCAGAGUACCCCAGGGGCAGCAAACAAGUGUGACCCUAGUACACCAGCACCUGCCAGCUCAGCUGCCCUGAACCGCAGCAGAGCUCCCACUUCUGUCACCCCUGUGGCUCCAGGAAAGGGUCUGGCUCAGCCACCACAGGCCUAUUUCAAUGGCUCCCUUCCACCUCAGACAGUAGGACAUCAGGCUCAUGGAAGAGAACAGUCCACACUCCCAAGACAAACACUCCCCAUCUCUGCUAGUCAGACUGGCAGCUCUGGAGUGAUCUCCCCUCAAGAGUUACUGAAGAAGCUUCAGAUUGUACAGCAGGAGCAGCAGCUGCAUGCCUCUAACCGGCCAGCCUUGGCCGCUAAGUUUCCUGUGCUCGCUCAGAGCUCUGGAACAGGGAAACCCUUGGAAUCCUGGAUCAACAAGACAUCCAACACAGAACAGCAGACUCCUCUUUUCCAGGUCAUCUCACCUCAGCGCAUCCCUGCUACAGCAGCUCCGUCUCUGCUUAUGUCCCCCAUGGUGUUCGCACAACCCACCUCCGUCCCGCCAAAGGAAAGGGAGAGCGGCCUCUUGCCUGUGGGAGGCCAGGAGCCACCUGCUGCUGCCACCAGCCUCCUCCUGCCCAUACAGAGCCCGGAGCCCUCCGUGAUCACCAGCAGCCCACUCACCAAGCUCCAGCUCCAGGAGGCACUGCUGUACCUCAUUCAGAAUGAUGACAACUUCUUAAAUAUAAUCUAUGAAGCCUAUCUCUUCAGCAUGACUCAAGCAGCCAUGAAAAAGACUAUGUGACAGCAAGGCCUUUUAAAACUGAUUUUCAAGGUCCUUCUAGAACUCCGGCACAAGGUUCUUUCAUGUUGAGUGUUGUUUCCUUCAAUGUUUCUGCCUUUUAAAAAAAAAAAGUAUGUGUAAUAUGAAGUAAAAUGUUUCAGACUUUUUUUUAUA